UGAGAGGGGGGCGCUGCUUCCGGGUGAGCUGCCCCGCCCCCGCGUGGGCCCAAGAGACCAGAGCUCGCGACUGUGGUGGCGGGAGUAGCGGCGUGGAUUCCUUACGAAAGCCGGUAACAGGGAACUUGAGCAGAAGCCAAGAGACCCAUGGUCAAGCCCAGCUCUGCACCUGACUCUGGGGAUGUCAGACCCCUCCCGUCGCCUUUCUCCACCCUGCUUUCCACAUCAGAAUAGCUGAGCACGAAGCAGAACCCCCAGGAGCCCUCCAUUCCAACCAGCUGGCUGCUCUCUGUGCCCCCUGCCCACCAUGCAGCCCCAGUCAGUCCUGCACAGCGGCUACUUCCACCCACUGCUUCGGACCUGGCAGACAGCUGCCACCAGCCUUAGUGCCUCCAACCUCAUCUACCCCAUCUUUGUCACGGAUGGUCCUGAUGACAAACAGCCCGUCGCCAGCCUCCCAGGAGUGGCCAGAUAUGGCGUGAACCGUCUGGAAGAGAUGCUGAAGCCCCUGGUGGAAGAGGGCCUGCGCUGCGUCCUGAUCUUCGGUGUCCCCAGCAGAAUUCCCAAGGAUGAGCGGGGCUCUGCAGCCGACUCCGAGGACUCCCCAGCUAUUGAGGCGAUCCGUCUGCUGCGCAAGAACUUCCCGAGCCUCCUGGUGGCCUGCGAUGUCUGCCUGUGCCCCUACACCUCCCACGGUCACUGCGGGCUUCUGAGUGAGAAUGGGUCAUUCCAAGCUGAGGAGAGCCGCCAGCGGCUGGCGGAGGUGGCACUGGCCUAUGCCAAGGCAGGAUGUCAGGUGAUAGCCCCGUCGGACAUGAUGGAUGGACGCGUGGAAGCCAUCAAGGAGGCUCUGAUGGCACAUGGAUUCGGCAACCGGGUAUCAGUGAUGAGCUAUAGCGCCAAAUUCGCUUCCUGUUUCUACGGACCUUUCCGGGAUGCAGCUCAAUCAAGCCCAGCUUUUGGAGAUCGCCGCUGCUACCAGCUGCCGCCUGGAGCACGAGGCCUGGCCCUCCGAGCAGUGGACCGGGAUGUACGGGAAGGAGCCGACAUGCUCAUGGUGAAGCCAGGAAUGCCCUACCUGGACAUCGUGCGGGAGGUAAAGACCAAGCAUCCUGAGCUCCCUCUUGCUGUGUACCACGUUUCUGGAGAGUUUGCCAUGCUGUGGCACGGGGCCCAGGCCGGGGCAUUUGAUCUCAAGACUGCAGUACUGGAGGUCAUGACUGCCUUCCGUAGAGCUGGUGCCGACGUCAUCAUCACCUACUACACACCUCAGCUAUUGCAGUGGCUGAAGGACUGAUGGAGAAAGUAUGCCAGACCCAAGAACUAGAACUUUAAAAAUUCCUGAGCCUUGCAGAAGUGACAACCAAAGUAAACACUGCUUUUAGAACUGUG